AUGGGUAUCAAAAGAACCAGCACGUUGUCCUCUACCACCCUCACAUCUCAUCCGCUACCAACCGCCGUUUGGAUGGCCGAAAAAAGCAAGAAAUUGGCCGAUUUUUACCCAAAAUCUCCAUCGCUCGUUCGGGCAAUUCCGAGCACCAUUUGCUUCGAUCCAGAAGGGCAUCGAAUUGAAUCGACCCAAAAUUUGCUUACAUCGGGAAGGCAAUCGUUCAGCAAAGAAGGAGAUCCAUACAGGUUUUCGAGUAGCUUGAGAUUAUGCUCCAGCGAGUUUCUCAGUCGCCUAUUCUCUUCUCGCAAAGCUUACAAUUCUUCGUCAGUGGUGGACGCGGAGGAGGCGGCGGUGGUGUCGAGGCUUGGGUUUUUGGGGAUGAAUCUGGGCAGUGGGGUGGGGCUAGGGAUUGGGGUCGGGGAAGUGGUGGCUGCUUGGGGCGGAUGGGUUUUUGUUUUAAAAAUAUAA